CGCAGCGGAGUCGUCCGCUUCCCUCCCGCGCCGAUGACACUUCACAAGUGACUCUGCCCCCCCAGAAAGCCGCAUUUCUGGGAAUAGGAGAAAGUUUGCACGACGGGCGUGCAGUGUCGAGGGGCAGAAAUGCGAAGGGGUGAUGUUAAAGAGGGCUAGGCCGGUGAGUGGCCGGAGAUGAACAUCCACAUUCUGCGCUGGGCUGCACACGAGCGGAGAGAGAGAGAGCGAGCGAGAGAGAGAGAGAGGAACAGUUGAACGAACGGGGGAGGGCAGGAUAGAGAGAAAGAGAGAAAAAAAAAAACAACAAGGCGAGAGAAAUUGUUGGAGGAAAGCGAAAGUACGAGAGCCUGUUUCAGCUGAGUCGUGUGCGCCCGGUGCCGUGCGGCGGCGGAGCGGCGUGUUGGGCUGAGGACGCGGGAAGAGAGGAGAGGGAAGUGCCGCGGGUCCCCGGCCGCCGCUCUCCACCGGCGAUGUGUCAAUAAGUUUAAAGGUGGACGCGGCCGGCUGGAAUGACAAGGCCCCGGCUUUUCGGCUCGGGUUCACAGGUCAUCAUCAUCGCAUGACAAAGCCUGACUGACAGACUCAUCAUCUUCAUCUUUCAGAUACAGUGUUUCCAUUUUCUGUACCUAAGGCGAGCAGCAUGAAGGGUGGAGGACGGGGCAAGGAGCCUCCGGGGGAGGGGGAGGUGAGUGGCAAGCGACCCAAGCGCAGGUGUCUCCAGUGGCACCCGCUACUGUCCAAGAGGGCCCUGGAUUUCUCAGAGGAAGAGGAGGAAGAAGACGAGGAGGAUCUGGACAAAGAGCCACUGCUGUGUGGCGAUGCCGCGGACCCCGAGGCAGAGUGCGGGACAGCCGAGGGAGAGGAGGCCGAAGAGGAGUCAUCGGAACAACGAGCCCGGCGCCCCAUGAAUGCUUUUCUGCUCUUCUGUAAAAGACACCGUUCUCUGGUGAGGCAGGAGCACCCAAGGCUGGACAAUCGGGGUGCCACCAAGAUCCUGGCCGACUGGUGGGCUGUGUUGGAGCCCACAGAGAAACAGAAAUACACAGACAUGGCCAAGGAGUACAAAGACGCCUUCAUGAAAGCCAACCCAGGGUACAAGUGGUGUCCCACCACCAACAAGCCAGUGAAGAGCCCUCUGCCCACCGUGAGCGCCAACCGCAAGAGGGUGUGGUCUUUGUCUCCCUCCAGCUCCCCGAAGGACUGCCCCGUGGCCAGGAAGAUCCCCAGAACUGACAGUACCCCGCAGCUCAACUUUGCCAUGGCAGAUCCUACCAAGAUGGGGGGCCUGAGCAUGCUGUUGUUGGCUGGAGAGCAUGCGCUCAGCACCCGAGAGAUGACUUCAAGCACACCCUUAGUGACGGUGGACGCAGACAAGCAGAGCGGGAAGUCGCCUUUAUUCCAGCUUGCUGAGAUUUCCUCCAGUUCGUCGCAUUCGGGAUCCACGGACGUUGCUAAGCACCCUGGGAAUUCUGCCCUCUUCCAACUCGCUGAGAUUUCGUCCAGCAGCCCCCAGUCUGCUGUGCCCGUCAUCGUUGCAGAGGGGACAGCCGGCCCAGUGGACCCAGCGGAGGCCUCCUCUCCUGAAAAGCCAGAGAUGGGGGCAGCCAGCCCAGCCAAAACCUGUGUGAAUUCACCUUUAUUUCAGUUUGCUGAGAUCUCUUCCUCGUCCACCACCUCCUCUUCCCCAAGCACCUCGCAGUCCACGGAGGGAAAGCAGUGUGGCCAAUCUGCUCUCUUCCAGCUUGCUGAGAUGUGUUUGGCCUCUGAGGCAGUGAAGAUGGAAGCUUUAGCCUCUCAGCCAGUGACGAGCUGCCCAGCAGGCCCCUCCUUCGGUGGCUCCUCUGAGCCACCCAGUGAUGACCUUCUGCUCUCCUCACCAUCCUCUGCCUCCUCGUCGUCCACUUUCUCAUGUACACCCACAGAUGGCAGCCCCCCAAAGAGUGCAAAGAAGAAAAAGAAGAAGAAGAAGAAGAGAGAGCGCAGUGAGGAAGCCAGGUCAGACAAGGGGCUUGGUUCGCCGAAGAAGACUGCUAAGAAGCGACAGUCCUCUGAGUCAGACCUUGACAGUGUCAUCUACACCAUCGAGGCUGUGGCCAAGGGUGCCUGGGGCGGAGAUAAGGCCCUAAAGAAGAAGGUCCGCCCUCCAGGCAGCGACAAGGACUACCCCCAGGAGCCCGGCUCACCAAAGAAGAAGGCAAAGUCAAAAGUGAAGAAGCCACCCAGGAUGAAGGAGGACAUAAAGGACAUGAAGGAGGAGGUAAAGGAGGAGGCAAAGGAUGCAGAGGAGCCACAGGAGGGCAGCAAACUCCCACAGCCAGAAGCCCCACAGCCCCUGCUGGAAGGAGAUACCAAGGUGGUCAGUGUGAAAGCUGAAUCCCCAGGCCCCAUGGAGGAGCCCCCACCAUCCAGCCCCUUGGCUCUCUCUUUUAAGUCAGAGGAUAAGGAGGUGGACGUCAAGCAGGAGAGCUGUGGCUCCAGGAAGUCAGAGAGGAGUUGCAAGGGGGCACUGUACAAGACUUUGGUGUCUGAGGGAAUGCUGACAUCACUAAGAGCCAAUGUAGACCGAGGCAAACGGGGCUCAGGCCGAGGAAGCCUUUCUGACCACGAGGGCAGCUGGACAGACGAGAGCUGGGCAUUUACACAGACGGGCUCCUGCAAUGCCAAGAAGCUGAAGAAGUCCAAAUCAAAGGAUGAGUCCGUCCCCGGCUUGGGCAAGCUGGAAGAGGAGUUUGAGAAGAAGUUCAACAGCCUGCCACAGUAUAGCCCCCUGACGUUCGACCGCAAGGGCACGUCCAUCACCAAGAAGAAGAAGGCUGGCGGCAGCACAGCUACAGAGCAACCCAAGGCAAACAAGGGUUCAUCUUCAUCUCAGAAAAAGAAUUUAUUCCACAAGAUUGUUAGCAAGUACAAGCACAAAAAGGAGAAAACCAAUACUUCGGAUAAAGCCAUAGCGACCCAGGAGCCCCCAGCUCCGGACACGGUCCAGAAAGCCAAGACAGCAACCACAUGUGGUGCACUGUCCCUGGAAGUUCUGGGAACGGCAGAGAUGCUGGUGGGCAGCCAGAAGCGGAAGGCCAGGAAGAGUAAGAUAACCCACCUGGUGCGCACGGCAGAUGGCCGCGUGUCCCCAGCAGAGGAGGACAAGGCCAAGGAACAGAGCCAGGAUCAGGAUGAAAAGCCAUCAAUCCAAGAGACAUUAUGCAAUGAAGCAGGGUGCUAUGCAGACCCUAAGCCACGGGAGGGGUGUGACUCCGGCGCAGACGGGUCCAGUGUGGCCGACCUUCCUGCAUUCUUCAGCCUGGCCGCCUUGGCCGAGGUGGCAGCCAUGGAGAACGUGCACAGGAGCCAGCGUGCCGUCAGCAUGUCCGGCGAGGGGCAGUCCAAGGACAUGGCCCAGACUCCCGUGCUCAUCUCCUGCGCGGAUCAGUGAAGGUCCCGCUCCCACCCCCCCACCCCUUUGAACAAACGGACACAACGUGCUUCUCUUUCCUAACCUCCUAGCUGAGUCCCGGGGGAUGGAAGGUAACCACAGAAGAGUUCUCCGAUCAGAUUGGGCUUGGCUCUGGUCUGCGGGGGGAAGGAGCUCACUGGACAAUGACCUCCCUUUCCCCUUCGCGGCUCCCGGGCGAUGUGGUGUUGCGGUCCGCGGCAGAGCCGGGCUGCUUCCAGAGCAUGGCUUCACCAUCGGGUGACUCUGACGGUUUAGCGGAUGUCGUUGCUCCAGAGAAGGCUGCCAUUUCUAAGGUCAAGUUUUGCAAACAGAAAGUGCAUUUAAAAAAAGAUUUUGCAGUCAGAUUUUUUUUUGCUUGUUUUUUCCUUGCCGUGUGAUGUUUGUAUUUUUAGUUAUUAAUUUGCCCACGUUGACACACCAGUCAAAAUGACUGAAGAACUACGACUUCCUGAUCAUUCUUCCUGUUCUAAAUUAGUCACAGUGAGGGCAGCUGCUUUUGGCCACCACGUUGUUUUCCCACACAAGCUGUGCACAAGUUUCUCAAGGUGGGGCAUUAAAAGUGCGCAGUCAGCCUGAGUCUACAUGAGAAAGUACAGCGUGCACACAUUCACAUGAUCAAGUAUACAGAUAACAUCAUCUGGUCUUUCUUUUUGAGCCUUCAUGACCCCAUUAGGCAAUGGUUCCAGCAGGUUCACACAUGGUUGAAUUUAACAGGUGGUGCCCCCCUGUGACCGUGGGAGCGUCACAGUUCAUAGGCGGAUUUUAGAACAGACAAAGCUUCAUGGGCCCAUCUGACGUGUUGCGAGAAGGGAGGUCACGGAGGAAAAGAUGAAACUUUCCACUAUCUCGUCUGCUGUCAGUUGACGUCAGUACAGGCUUGAGGUUAUCUCUUGCACUGUGUAUUUUUUUGCUUUGCUUUCCCAAAUCCUGAUAAUGAAUAAAAGUUCUGUCCACACACAGAUCUCCUGCGCUGGAAGCACCUCUUAGAAAUACUUGAAUAAUGAAAUGCAUUUUAUGUCAAUACUUGACCUUACAGCAGUCUGGGUAGCAUCUAAAUAGCUAAUCCAAAUGUGUGCUACUAGUUUCCUAUGGUAGGUAGUUGAAUAACACAAACACUGCACUAAUUUUAGCAAGAGUAGAGAAGGCUUUUUUAUUCCGUAGAGUUCGUAUUUAAAGAUUCUUCCUUUUUUGUUUAAUUUCUGAAUAGCCUAGGAUUUUCAGCCCAAGCAACAGUUCACUCCUUGUUUGAAAAAAUUACUGUACGCAUUCAGACUAAGUUUGUGUGAAAUGUUGUUGCAUAGCUUUUGUUUUUUUCCUUUCAAUUGCAUGUCAGAAGUGGAACACCCAGCCAUUCAUUCCUUGUUUUAAAACAAAAAAGUAAAGUAUCACCCCACACUGGCCCAUCAUGUUUUACAUGGAGAGUCGCCUGAUUUCCCCACGAAUAUGGCGGGCAUAAAGCUCAGAGACUAGGCUUCUCAAAUCUGGCACUAAGCUGUGAUCUCUUCCCACAGAAUCCAGCAUAUUGUGAGUUCAUAAUCUGGGGUGAGGCUCAAAGAUCUGCUCGAAUGCUCUCUCAAGUAUCCCAACGUCUCUUCCUGGAGACGUUUCCACAAAGCAGCUGGUUGGGGUUCAACCAGACAACCCCAUUUGUGGAUCUACAACAGGUGGAGGAGUUACUACCUAUUCUAUAAUCUUGGUUGCGUAUCCAGAGACUUGAGCUCUUGAGCCAGAGGCCAGGACACAGCCAUUGCUGGAACUGAAGCCCUCACUCUGCACACUCUUAAUUAUGUGUAAACAACUCAACAGGUGUCCUCCUUUUAGGGAUCAUACGUUCACUUACACUUUCCUUGUACAACGUCUUCUGUCAGUUUAUUACUGCUACUUAAACGUAAACUUUGAUUUCUCUUUAAAAAAAGUGCUGUGUUAGGAUCUCUUUUAUUGGCUUUCUAUUGCUUUUUUUUUUUCUUUAGUUUUCUAACCUCAGAUAUAUUUCCUGGGGCCCAGUUUACUGGAUUAAGACUGUUGUCAAAAGCUCAUAUACAAAAAAUGUAUGUAUGCUUACUAGUUAAGCAGAUGAGAACUGAGAUGUGAUGCACCGCUUUUAGAACAGUAGUUGGUGUUUCGCUGCUUCUGAGAGUAUAUAUUUUUAAAGCAGUUGUAUUGCUGUUUCUGGCUUGUGUCUGAAUGUCUUGAGGCAUCAAUAUGUUUGAAAACAUUGGAUUUCGGGGAGUACCGCCCCAUCGUAAAAUGAAGACUAAAGAUAGUGGCACAAUGGUAAGGUACCACACAAAGUGUAGUAAAUGUUUAAAAGUGUGUUAUUGGUCAGAUUUCCCAGCACAGGUACAGUAACAAUUAAUUGUCUUAAUUAUCUGAAGAUGUUCACUAUAUGUGUCAGAUGUGGUGAGGGGAGUCAAAAGUGUAAAAUUGUAGUUUUUAACAUUAUUUAAAAUAGAGAUUUUAGAGAUUUUACUGCUUUCUAAAAAAACAUAAAAGUAAGGAUCUGCAGUUUUUCUUGGAAAAAGCUUAAGUAGAUGAAGUACUGAACAGCUCACAAAAUAUUUCCUUGAAAAAGCAGUCCAUAUAUCGAGUUACUUAAGUAAGUGAGCAAAAACGGAGUGAUAACAAAACACUUAGGUCUCACUCCCAAGCUGUUCUGCUUCAGCUUGUCACUUCUUCUGUAGGCGUCUUCCUAGAAGAGAAGUCUCGCCAACCAGCUAGAUCACACACCUCCCAGGGAGCGAUGUCAUAGAAGGCAAACAAGCGUGUGUGUAACUGUCAAUGCUCGGGCCUCCAUGUGGACCUGCAGACAUUUGCCAAAGAAACAGUGUCUUUAAACGGAAACUAUGGUAAGGAAAAUGCUAGAAGAGUGGGUGCACUGAGGUUCAACGGUGCACAGAUUUUUUUUUCAGGUAACAGAUGUAUUAUAUCAGCACAAUGAAAUCUAUAUUACUGGUGGGGUUCUCCGAAGUUUAACCUGUCGUGAAUGGUGUACAAAGCGUUGGCACCUUUUAAAUGCCUCUUUAAAUAAAAAAAACAAUAUUUGCACCUUAAAAACCCAAACCAAAAUAUCACUCUUCAGAAAAUUUUAGUUCUUUUUCUCCAUUGCUCUUACUUUUCCACGUUCUCUGCAUUCUCUCAGUGUUCAGCAGGCUUUGCGUACUGUGGGAGGCCUGUUGAGAAACUGAACAUGUUGCUCAGUUCUUAUCAUGUUUAUAUUUGAAUAUUGGAAAUAUUUUAGGCUAAUUUGAACAUUUUGGCAUGAAAUUUAAAAAUGUCUGCACACUUUAAACCCUCCCCUCCCCAUAACACAUCAUCUUUCACUUUUUCUAUAUAGAAGAUGCCUAUAUAAAACUAGAGUUCCUAUAUUAGUUAAAUGAUUAUUAAUAAAUACCCUUUUGUGCUAGUACUGUCUCUUGAAUGUAAUGGAUUUUGUACCUGUAUUUUUCUAUUUACGAUUCAAUCUCAACUUUCUGUAUGCGAUGGAUUUAUACGGAGGAGAUUUUUUUGGCUGUUUACACAAGCAAAUGGUUUGUUAAAGGACCCACAAUCAUCACUGUCGCAGCAGGACAGACGCCCUCAGCGGAGCGUCUCUAACAGUUUGUUCAGCCGAAAUACUGGAGAGUUUUUUUUUGUUUGUUUGUUAGUUUUUCCUUUUUUUUUUUUUUCUGAGAGCGGGAAGACUGCGCCCUGGCUUUCCGCUUCUGGGUAGGACGCAAACGAAGUCUCUGCUUGUAGGUGGUCCAAACCAGGGACGCUCUCUGCAAUUACAAAGAACAAUUGCCAAACCCUCUGUAAUUAGCUUAUUUAUUUUAUUCACUUUUUGUUGUUUGUUUAUCCAGAUAGUCUUAAAAAUCGAAUAUGCACCCAGAAAGUAAACAGAUAUUACCUUAUCUGCUCUGUACAAGAAUGUACGCUCAUGGCUGAGUUGAGCAGCUAUGGAACAGUCUUGUUUGAGAGGUUCCUCCAGAUAUGAUUAUGUUUUCCUCUUGAAAGUAUGUACAAUGUGUGCUUGAUCUAAUUUAUGUCAAUAGUACUGUACCAUGACAUGUAUGGACUUGAUUGUUACAGCCCAGUUGUUAAUGCAGCCUUGCCUUACUGGACCCCCUCUGUAGAAAGGGAUUCCUUUGCCAUUGCCCUCGGCCCCUCUCACCGAGUUGUCUGUCAUAACACUGUCUGCUGACGCAACAAUUAUUCCUUG